AUGGGAGACUAUGGUGAUUGUUCAAAUACCUCAAGCACACAAGGCGAGGAUGAGAAUUCCAUGGAGACAGUGAAGAACAUAUCUUCUGGUCUAGGAUUGGCUGAAGCAUGCAAAUAUGUUACUAAUGAUGCAAAAUUCGUGAAUGAAAGGGCUAGAAGCGACAUUGUACUUCUUUCACGAGGCAUUAUGAAAUUGGACGCCCGUGCAAGGCAAGAUGUUGCUUUUCUUGGCUCUGAGUUUCUCAAGCUUGAUGCACGAGCCAAGGAAGAUACUGUAAAGGUCGAUCAUAAUGUAAAGAGAAAAGCUGAAAGGCUUCAUCAUGUUGCAACUAUAUUGAAGAACAUAGCUCAAUCCAGAUUGAAAAGUGCUGCUGACAAACACUGGAAUAAUGGUGCAUUGGAGGCAGAUUUGAAGAGAGCCGACUUUGUUGCUAAGCAACGUGCAAUGGAAGACUCCCUUAUGGCUUUGGAGUUUGUUAAAAACAUUCACGACAUGAUGGUGACUAAAAUGUGCAGAUUGAGAAAAGUUUCUCGAAACAACGUCGAGGUAGCAAGCCGUAUAACACUUGAAAAGAAUGGGAAAACUCUCGGCUUUUUCCCUGGAGAAGUAUCAACAGACCGCAUUAAUGCCAUUCAGGAAGCUUAUUGGAGUAUAGCUUCUGCACUUUCAGAAGCUGACGGAAUUGAUUAUACUGAUCCUGAAGAGCUGGAGUUACUGGUGGCAGCUCUUAUUGAUCUCGAUGCAAUGGAUGGUAAAAGUAGUGUGUCUCUAUUGGCCGAGUGUUCGAGUUCCCCUGAUGUCAGCACCAGGAGGGCAUUGGCUAAUGCUUUAUCAGCUGCCCCCUCCAUGUGGACACUCGGAAAUGCCGGCAUGGGUGCCCUUCAGAGGCUAGCUGAGGAUAGCAAUCCAGCAAUAGCCGCAGCUGCAAGCAGAACCAUAAACGAACUGAAAAAACAGUGGGAAAUUGGGGAAGAGGACAGCUGGAAAUUCAUGUUGAACCAAACCUUAACACAAUCUCAAUUAGACGACAAGGAAGACGAUGAUGAUGGUGGGCCAGAUUAG